AUGUCUUUCCUCACCCCGGGUUUAAGCCCAACUACAAGAUGCAUAUCCAAAUGCGGCAUACCAUUUCGGUCGCAGUUCACACUGCAUAAUCAAUGCCCGGUCUCCAUGGUCUUCGUGCGCUUCAAAUCCAGGGUAGCGCGGCCCACUCCCUCUAAGACGGCAAAGCCUGUGUCAAGACCCGCGGCGUUGGACAAUACUACUAUGAAGAAAGGAAGUGCCAAUUUGGAUCCGACGAAGAAAGCUUCUCUCUUGUUGAAUUCAUUGCGCAAGUCUGCUAGGCCAGCACCAGCUGCAUCUUCAGCUGUGAAACCUGCAUCUUUGAGUGCGAGACCUGCAGUAAAGCCUGCCUCAAAAGUAGUGCCAGCACCUCCGGUCUCAACAGUUAGCCCUCGAAGCUUCAUGAAGGAGCCGCCACCACAGAAUCAUGAAUCCGAAGACGAAGUAUUGCUAGAGAUAGACGCAAAAGAAGAGGCCAUUCAGCGGCGCAUCGAAAUCAUGAGAAGGAAAGUUUUGUGGCCCGGUGUUUGGACCUUGUCCGCACUAGUUGGCACGUACGUUACACUCGCAUACUUGGACGUAAAAACCGGUGUACCGAGUUCUGAUGGCAGUCAUCUCCCCGAGCGCGCCCAGCUUCCUCAAAACUGGUACCUAACGCCUACUAUCAUCCUCGAAGGCGCCAAAGCCGCCUGGAAUGAACUGGACAAUCUCACCAUUGGCAUCGUCGUUGCAAGUCUCGCUAUUCAUCUCCUCAAAAAAUCUCCGCUCCCUAUCUGGGAGAAGCUGAUACACAUCACUGGUGAGGCGAAAUGGACGGCCUUUACAUACCCUCUUAUCAAUUCCAGUUGGACGCAUGCGGUACAGAACAUGGCGGCCCUUGCUUGGUUCCUUCCAGGUGUUGUUCACUACUUCGAUGGCGAUCUCUUCCAUACAUCGGCAUUCUUGGUCAGUGUCCCGCUCAUCACAAGCUAUGUGACGCACUUUGCAUACCGCUUCAAUCUGGCAAGUGGUCUUGUACUAAACCUAGGUGCCAGCGGGGCUAUUGCCGCUGCGUUUGGUGUAUACUGUGUGGCGUACGCACACGAGAAGGUGUGGGCGCCACCGGCCUUGAUACUAAGACUUGAUGCGAUGUAUUGGGGGUUGAUCUUCGCCGCUUCGCAGGCGUACAGUAUAACUAGAAAUGUGAAGGGGGGUAACAGACCCGCAUUCUUUGUCCACAUAGCAAGCUUUGGGCUCGGAGUAGCCUACGCUUACUUCGAUCUGAAACAUCACCUUUGGAUACCACUGGUCUCGGAGAUUUCAGGUACUCAAAAUUCGGAGUCUAGUUUGCAGGGUGGACGCAUGUUUUGA